CAGCACAAUCGCUGAUAGGAUUUGAAGCGAAAAGCAUUGAAUUCAUUGUCUCUCAGACUGUGUAACCGUUUGGGCGUUGGUUUGCAUACAAUAAAUCCAAUCGACACUCAAUUUGAAUCAAUCGAUUGAUUUGAUUAUCAUUGCCUUCACCACAAGACAAGUCCUCUCGAGCAGCGACAAUGCGUGAGAUCGUGCACAUCCAGGCGGGACAGUGUGGUAACCAGAUCGGUGCCAAGUUUUGGGAAGUGAUAAGUGACGAGCACGGCAUCGACCCGACCGGGUCCUACCACGGCGACAGUGACCUCCAGUUGGAGCGCAUCAACGUCUACUACAACGAGGCCACGAACGGCAAGUAUGUGCCGCGCGCUGUGCUCGUCGAUCUCGAGCCCGGGACCAUGGAUUCCGUCCGAUCCGGACCUUUCGGACAGCUCUUCAGACCCGACAACUUCGUCUUCGGACAGUCGGGCGCCGGCAACAACUGGGCGAAGGGGCACUACACCGAAGCGCCGAAUUAGUGGACGCCGUGUUGGAUGUGGUCCGCAAAGAGGCGGAGGGAUGCGAUUGUCUGCAGGGCUUUCAAAUGACACACUCGUUGGGCGGCGGCACCGGCUCUGGGAUGGGAACUCUGCUCAUCUCGAAGAUCCGCGAGGAAUAUCCCGACCGUAUUAUGAAUACGUUUAGUGUGGUCCCCUCCCCCAAAGUGUCGGACACAGUGGUGGAGCCCUACAACGCGACCCUCUCUGU